AUGGCGGGCGGGGACCAUGCAAGCGAAGCAAAUGACACCCCCGAACCUGUGGAAAAAAGCUUCGCCACGCUGAAUCAGCUCCUAAUCGGAGUGAAGGCUUUUGUCGAAAAGAAUGGAGAAACACGAAAGGCGGAGAUCCUAUCGAUCAAGCAGAGGAACGGAGACUUAACAUUCUACGUACACUAUGUCGAAUUCAACAAACGUCUCGAUGAAUGGGUCUCGGCGGACCGCAUUGAUCUAUCCCAAGAAGUGGAAUGGCCGGCGCCAGAGAAGCCAGAGAAGAAGAAAACCACGGUAACGACCAAAGGGCCGCCGUCGAAAGCGGCCACCUCGAAGUCCAUUACAACCACCAAGGCCGGCCGUGCACGAACAGAGUCGAGGCCAGGCUCUGCAACACCAGACCUUCUGACUUCGAAAGCCGGCAACGACCGCAAGCGCCCUGUCCCGUCGAAAGCUGGGGGCAAGGAGAACCGCGAUGGCGCGCUCGCCCCGGACGGCGACCCGUCGGCGGUCACAACCCAGGCGGGCACGCCGCUGUCGACUCUGGUCCACGAAGACAGCACUGGCGGCGUUGCAGUCGCGGGCGCCGCAGAGGCGGAGGCCGGCACACCCGACGUAACCAAGAAGGAGGAGAAGGUCGCGCCGAUCAUGGAGCCGGAGGAGGAAAUCGAGAAGCUGCGCACGGGCGGGUCGAUGGUGCAGAACCACGCCCAAUUGCAUCUGGUGCGCAACCUCAACAAGAUCCAGAUGGGCAAACACAUCAUCGAGCCGUGGUACUUCUCACCGUAUCCGCAGGACUUUGCCGACGUCGACAUGGUCUACAUCGACGAGUUCUGCCUGUCGUACUUCUCCUCGAGAAAGGCCUUUGAGCGCCACCGCCACAAGUGCGAGCUGCGACAUCCGCCUGGCAACGAGAUCUAUCGCGACGACUUUGUCAGUUUCUUCGAGGUCGACGGCCGCCGCCAGCGCACCUGGUGCCGCAACCUGUGUCUCCUGUCCAAGCUGUUCCUCGACCACAAGACGCUCUAUUACGACGUCGAUCCCUUCCUGUUCUACUGCAUGGUCACCCGUGACGAGCACGGUUGUCAUCUGGUCGGCUAUUUCAGCAAAGAAAAGGAAUCCGCAGAGGGUUACAAUGUGGCUUGUAUUCUCACGCUGCCGCAAUACCAGCGCCAGGGCCUGGGCAGGUUGCUUAUUGCUUUCUCCUACGAGCUGAGCAAGCGCGAAGGCAAGCUCGGUUCCCCCGAGAAGCCGCUCUCGGAUCUGGGACUGCUAGGCUACAGACAGUACUGGAAAGAAGUCCUCAUCGAGCUCCUCCCGUCAUCGCAAUACUCAACCAGCAUCUCGGAAAUCGCAUCUUUGACCUCCAUGACGGAGAAGGAUGUCCACGAGCAGCUCGAAGUCUUGAAGUUGUUACGCUACCACAAGGGCCAGUGGAUCAUCGUCGUCAGAGACGAACUGCUCGACUGGCAGGAAAAGCGCCGGGCUAAGGAGAAAGAAAAGGGAGCCAGGCGCAUAGAUCCAAGCAAGUUGCAAUGGAAGCCGCCUGUUUUCACCGCCAGCAGUCGGACGUGGAAUUGGUGA